AUGAUGUUCAACACCAACAGUUCGGAGCGAGUGCUUGUGCUGGACUGUGAAAUCCGUUCUGACCAAAAAUUGUUUAUUGUUUGUGCUCUUAUUCUAAUCUACCUUAUGUCUGUCUUUGGCAACUUGCUGGUAGUUAUGGUCAUCCAAAUGAAUCAACAUCUUCAAACAGUGAUGUACAUUUGUGUCAGUGCUUUAGCUGUUAUAGACAUGGCUAAUAGCACUACUAUUAUUCCCAAGAUGGUGUCUGAUCUUCAGCAAAAUAAUGUUGUCAUGCCGUAUGCGGCCUGUGUAUUUCAGAUGUAUCUCAUAUUGAAUUUACAACAAAUGGAAUCCCUUCUUUUGACUUUCAUGGCAUUUGAUCGUUACGUUGCUGUUGUUUAUCCAUUAAGGUACAAUUCCGUCAUUACAAGAAAAAUUGUCCAGAUUAUCAUUUUGUGUUUGCCAUUCUUACCAUUUGUUAUACAUUCACCAUUUCUUAUUUUUGCUGGAGAGCUUUCUUUUUGUCGUACAAAUGUUCUGAAGUUCUGCAUGUGUGAUUACCCAACAAUAGUUCAUAUUUCAUGUAACGAAGAUCCAAAGUAUUUAAAUCUUAUGUCUAUCAUGGUGGUUGUAUUAGGUGUAUGCCCUAUGGAAGUGAUUUUAUUUUCAUAUAUUAAAAUUGCUUUGACAGCAAUGAAGCUGUCAUCUGUUGAAAGGAACACAAAGGUCUUUGGUACCUGUGUCACCCACCUGCUAGUGAUGAGUGUUUUCUAUUUCCCAUCCUUUAUAUGCCUUAUUCUUCCAGGGUCAGGAGUAAACAUAUCAACAGAAGCUUACAAUGUCAUGGUUAUCGCUGGAAACGUGGUGCCUCCCAUGCUGAAUCCUGUCAUCUACACCCUAAGGAAUAAAGAUAUCAAAAAGAGCAUUUAUAAGUUUCUGACUGGUAGAUAA